AUGUCGUAUCAGCUGGGAAUCACCUCCAUGUCGCUGGGGCGCGCCACAGCCGGCCACUCCCUCACACACAAGCUCAACAUGGCCCAGAAAUACGGCUACAAAGGGAUCGAACUGUUCUUCGAAGACUUUUAUGAGGAGGCAACCGCCCGUUUUGGGAAUGGGGCACCCCCUUCCAAAGAAGCUCAGCUGGAGGCCGCACGAUACGUGCGUGCUCUCUGUGCCGAGCGCGACUUGUUCAUCAUCUGCUUGCAGCCCUUCGCACACUACGAGGGCCUUGUGGACAGAAAAGCACAUGAGGAGCAGAUCGAGAAAUUAUAUUUCUGGAUCGAACUUGCCCACGAGCUGGGAACCGACAUGAUCCAGGUCCCCUCUUCAUUCCUCCCCGCGGACCAGGUGUCCGAGGACAUGAACCUCAUUGUCUCCGACCUGCAGAAAAUCGCAGACAUCGGAGCAGCAGCCUCCCCUCCCAUCCGAUAUGUGUACGAGUCCCUCUGCUGGGGAACUCGCUCGGACCUGUGGGAGACCUCCUGGGAGAUCGUGAAGAAGAUCGACAGGGACAACUUUGGCCUCUGCCUCGACAGCUUCAACAUCGCGGGCAGGAUAUACGCCGACCCCUGCGCGGCCUCGGGAAAGUGCGAGAACGCCGAGGAGGUAGUCCGGCAGUCCAUGGAGAGGCUGGUCAGGGAGAUGAAGCCAUACAUCCACAAGGUGUUCUACGUCCAGGUCGUCGACGCCGAGAGGCUCUCGGCGCCGCUCGUCGAGGGCCACGCCUUCUACAGCGCCGAGCAGCCCUCCCGCAUGAGCUGGAGCCGCAACUGCCGCCUCUUCUACGGGGAGGCCGAGUACGGCGCCUACCUGCCCGUCCGCGAGAUCUGCGACACCAUCUUCAACAGGCUGUACUUCAAGGGCUGGGUCAGCCUGGAGCUCUUCAACCGCCGCAUGGGCGACACCGACAAGGACGUCCCCGAGGAGCUGGCCCGCCGCGGCGCCGUCUCGUGGCACAAGCUGAUCAGGGACAUGAAGCUCAAGAUGGACGACGAGCCCGCCCCCGUGCCGUACGCGCCGGUCGUCUCGUAUCCCCAGACGCUGGAGACUGCGCAGAAGGCGGUGUCGGCCUGGGUCCAGGGAUUCAGGUCCAAGGUGGUUGACUUUGGGAAAUGA